UCUCCCACUGCAUGCCACCACCAUAGGUGCGAGCCAUGGCGAUGUUCUACCACUCUUCCUCUAGUCUCAUAUGCACCGUCUUCCUCCUCGUUGUUGUUGCCGUGGCAGCGGAGGAUGCAGGAUGCGUGCAGGCGCAACAGCGGAAAUUGCAGCAGGUGUCGGGGCCACCGCCGAUACCGCUGCCAAAUCCGAACCCGCAACCUGACCCAAACCCACAACCUUUGCCUAAGCCAGACCCAAACCAGCAGCCACUACCGCAGCCUUUACCGCAACCACUGCCAGGCCCAAACCCACAGCCAUUACCACAGCCUUUGCCAGAACCGCUGCCGAACCCGAACCUGCAACCACCGCCAUUACCACAGCCUCUGCCACAACCACUGCCAGGCCCAAACGCCCAGCCUCCGGCGCAACCACUGCCAAGCCCAAACCCGCAGCCACUGCCGCAACCAGACGUCCAAGGCUCAUACCCGCAAGUACAACCGUUGCCAGAUUCGAACACGUCCGGGCGACAAAAUAACGCACUACAGGGACCGCAACCAAUUGGUGCAGCCUCAACUCUAUAUUCGUGUGGUGCUACAUACAAACUGAUAUUUUUCAUGGGUUUAUUGUUGUACUAUUUUGUUUAGAUAAAGCGAUGCUUGUUCAUGUAAAUAAACCUACCGUUUUGUAGACUUUAGUAUCUAAAGUGAUGUAUCGGUCUGGCAUGAUCUCUUUAUAUUUACAUUUAUACUACUGAUAUAUUUAUGCAAUAAAGUUUUAUAUGACUCUACAAGUAAUUUGUGUACUUA